AUGAAGUAUCCCAUCGCCACCAUCCUUCUCGCCGCCGCAGUCAGCGUCGCCGCGUUCCCCGCUCCAGCAAGCGAAGCCGAGGUCGAUGCCCUACGCGCGCGCGGCGUUUCCGAGCACGACAUCGCCGCCCGCUUCCCGCACUCGGGCCACACGACGGCCUCCAUCCUCGUGCGCCGCCACAUCGACGCCGACGGCGAAGUGUCGCCGGGCCGCUACGCGCUCCUCCACCCCCGCGACGACGUCGAGGCGCACGCCGGGCUGGCGGAAGACUCGGUCGAGGGGCUCGCCGUCGUCCAGCACGUGCAUGCCGUCAAGGACUUCAUCAGCGCGGUGCUGGGCGGCAGGAUCGCCACCGCGGGCAACGGCGGCGCCGCCAUGAUGAGGGCGCGGCGUUGGGGCAAGCGGGGUGUGGUGGGCGGCGGCGGUGAUGGUGAUGACCAUGAGCUGUUGCGGGAGGGGGAGGAGGUGCAGGUGCAGCAGAGGCCGGCGAGGUGGAUUUAUCAGUGGUGA